AUGGGAUAUGGAGACAGUUGUUUCAAUAGUUCUAAUUUUGAUAGUUCCGACUCCAAUGGUUCCGGUAGUUCUGCUAUCUCUAGUGUCACAUCUAUUGUGCCAGAAGUAAAGCUAUCUAUAGAGGGACCUACUAUUAUUUCAAUGGUCCCUUUUGGUUGCUUGGUUCGA